GAGGUGCGCGGGGCCGGGUCGGGGCCGCUCCGGUGCCGCUCCGGUGCCGCUCCGGUGUUGCUCCCGCUGAUGGACCCGGCCCAGCGCGGCAGCGCCGACCGGAGCUCGGCUGUCGGCGCGGGGUCCCGACCCGGUCCCCCGCGCGGCCCCCGGAGCGUGGCUCGGCUCCCGCCCGACGCUGGGGCUUCGGCGGCGCCUUUCCUCGGCGGCGGCGUCCUGGGCGGCCGUAGGAGCUCCCGAUCGGACGCCGCCUGCGACCUCUUCGGGCACGGCUGCCCGCGGCGCGCUGGGGCCGAGGAGCGGCCCCCGGCCCGGACCCCACCCGAAGGGCUCCCACUGCCGGCCCUGCUGUCCCCAGUCCUGGGCGGUCCCCCGUCCCCGGCAGCACUCAGCCGGGCCGCCUUCCCCGCGCCGGAGCGGCGGGAGAUGCUGCCCAAGGCUGAGUCCAGCGACCACAUCGCGUCCUGGGCGGGUCCCGCCGUGCCCCGCGCCCCCACGCUGCCCAAGGCCGUGUCCAGCGAGUUCCUCGCCGGCGGGCGGGCGGGCCUGACCCCCCGAGAGGAGCCGAGUGAGCUGCCCGUCCUCGCCCGGCCCCUGGGCCGGCUCGGCUCCGGCGACGUUUGUGAUCCGCUGCCGGACUGCCCGGGACGGGCCCCGGAGGACGGCGCGUUUCGCAUCACAGUGGUCACCUGGAACGUAGGUACAGCCAUGCCCCCAAAUGAUGUGACGUCCCUGCUGCACCUCAACACAGGCGAGACAAACGAUGUGGACAUGAUCGCCAUCGGAUUGCAGGAGGUAAACUCCAAGAUAAACAAGCGCUUGAAGGAUGCCCUCUUCACAGAUCAGUGGAGCGAACUCUUCAUGGAUGUGCUGAGUCCUUUCCACUUCAUCCUGGUCAGCACAGUACGGAUGCAAGGUGUGAUCCUGCUGGUGUUUGCCAAGUACUACCACCUGCCCUUCCUGCAGGACAUCCAGACAGAUUGUACCAGRACAGGGCUGGGGGGAUACUGGGGUAACAAGGGUGGGGUGAGCGUUCGUCUCUCCAUCUUCGGCCAUAUGGUUUGCUUCCUGAACUGCCACCUGCCAGCACACCUGGAGAAGGCGGAGCAGCGCAAGGAGGACUUUGCCACCAUACUGCACAUGCAGCAGUUUGAGGGGCCUGUGGCCAACGGCAUCCUGGACCACGACCUCGUGUUCUGGUUUGGGGAUCUCAAUUUCCGCAUCGAGAGCCUGGACACCUGCUUUGUGAAGUAUGCGAUUGACAGCAAUGUCCUGAGCCAACUCUGGGAGAAGGAUCAGCUGAACAUUGCCAAAAGCACCUGGCCUGUUCUCAGAGGCUUUGAGGAGGGACCCCUGAACUUCCCACCCACUUUCAAGUUUGAUGUGGGCACCAACAAGUACGACAGCAGUGCCAAGAAGCGAAAACCAGCCUGGACCGACCGCAUCCUGUGGAAGAUAAAACCUCCCAGCAAGGGUGCAGGUGGGCGCCAGGCCAGCCAGGGUGUGCUGUCAGUGAGUCAGCUGUGCUACUGCAGUCACAUGGAGUACACUGUCAGCGACCACAAGCCAGUAGCUGCCAUCUUUGCCGUGCAGUUUGCUUCCAAGGUGGACAAGCCCCUGGUUGAGAUUUAUGUGGCUGACGAGUGGAGCAGGCCUGAGCAAGCAGUUGUCAGGUACAAGAUGGCUGUUGGCUUCCACCGGAGCUCCUGGGACUGGAUAGGACUCUACCGGGUGGGCUUUCGGCACCCUAAAGAUUAUGUGUCCUAUGUCUGGGCCAGAAGCGAUGAUGGGGAGCGCUGCCUGGAGAAGCAGCUGUGUGCACAGGUGAUGUUCUCUGAGGAAGCACUACCCAAGGGGAACGGCGAGUACAUCCUUGGAUACUACAGCAAUACCUCAAGCAGCAUGGCUGGUGUGACUGAGCCUUUCCAGAUCUCCCUACCCAGGUCAGAAGAGGGCAGCAGCUCCACGGACAGCUCAGGCAGCAGCUCAGAAGAGGAUGACAGUACACUUGUCCUCCUGGCCCCCAAGUCCCGUAGUCCCAGCCCGGGCAAGAUGAAACGGCACCGGAGCCGAAGUCCCAGCCUGGCCAAGUUCCAGGGCCUCAUCCUGCGGCCAUCAAGCCGGGACAGGGGUAAAAGUCGCAGUCCCUCACCCCAGAGCCGCCGCAGCCUCCCCAGGAAUAUCCCCACCAUCCAUCUGCCUCCAGAGGAGCUGGGGCACUGUGGAGUCAAAGGCAAGGAGCUGGGACAGGCAGCUGAGAGCCUGGAGGGCACCUCUUUCUACGAGACUGUGCAGGAGCAAGUWGGCGCCCGGCGUAUCUCUGCUGACAGCUCCUUGGCCAGGGCUGACCCCCGUAACCUGGGCCUGCUGCCUGCACUGCGCCUGGAGAUGAUUGACCAGGCCCUGGGCCGGCAACAGGAGAGCGCAGACCAGGCUUACUAUUCCUGCCGGAGAAUGAGCCCCACCAGCCCCCCAGGCUGUGGGACCUCCCCAAAGGAGGGGUGUAGCCCCCAGGAACUGGACAGACAUAGCUGUGCCAUGGGCCACUGAUGCAGUGGCUCCCUCCCUCCUCCCCAUAGCGCGCUUGCUGUGUGCUUUCCUCUGCCACUGCCCUGCUGAGACACUCCCUCCCUUAUUUAUUGCAGUGACUCCUCACCCCUGUUGUGUACCUGGCAGGUAGAGGUCCCAGCCCUAGCCCCUCCCCUGGGCAGGGCUGUGAGGUGACUACACAGAGGAGGGUGGGUAAAGCUGGUCUAAUGUGGUUUGGGGAAUCCCUCAUGAACUUCUAAGUGCAGGACUCUUGUCACAUGGGAGGAGUGCUGGCCUCACACCUGGUGGCACAGGAGGCCAGGGAAUGGUGAUGGGCACAGAGUGAGGACCACCCCAGGGUACCCCAGAAAUCAAAGCUUGCUCCUUCCCUGCUCUAUCGCCAUGCCUCGGCCUGGACAUAGUGCAAAUGACAAAAUAAAUGACCCUGCCCACCCCAGCUGCWUUGUACUUACUGCUGGGGGCAGGAUCAGCCCUGGGGUGGGGGCCACAGCAUGAAGAGGGGGCAGCAGGCUCAACCCUUGCACCAUACACCAUGCUCGGACCACCCUUUAUUUCUUCUGCUGCAUGCAGGUACUGACCCCCACCCUCCUACCCUGCCUGGGCAAGGUGGUCAGGAUCACACCUCACUGCUCAGGGCCCCAGUUGAAGGAUCACCAGUCUAGGGGUGGGGGCUUCUGCCAUCUGCCCUGCCCCCAAGCACACCUGGGAAGGACAAUGGGUUUCUCCUUUCCUGAGCCCUCUUAUUUUUUCCUCUUGCUUUUGAUGCUCAUGGAUGGCAGCCACAGCUCCUUGAGAGGCUUCUCUGUCCCUCUGCCUGCUCUGGCUGUGGCCCCCAGCUCCACGCAGUCAUGCCAGCAGCCAUGCUCAGUGCCAUCCUUUGA